AUGGCUGCGCUUUCGAUUCCCAACAGAUCUAAUCUAUGCUCAUCAUGUAUACGGUGGAUAGCGGGAGGCGACAUCUCGCAGCUAUGGUUUCCUUUUCACCGGCAAUUGCGAGGGAAGAAGAAGUCUACGAAACUACCAACUACAAUCAAUGUGAAGCUAUUGGAGGAUAUCAAAGGCUUUGGGCGAAAGGGUUCCAUCUGCCCUGUUGAGCCGGGUCGUAUGCGAAACACUUGGUAUCCGAGGCAAAAGGCGGAAUAUAUGACCACGUCUACAUUACAAGGUCUAAAGCCACAGAGUCUAGUCGCCGAGCGAGACUUUACGUUCGGCAUGGAGCCGAAGGAGGAGCCGGCUCCAAAGGAGAAGAUGCCGGAGAAGGAGAGAGUGGUCGAGGUCCAGACAAACCUCCUGGCACCACAACGAGCUUCAGAAAUCAUAGAGGCAUCCUUGCCCCCAAGUCUCAUAUUUUACAGGACUCCCAUAAGCGCCCCUGAGCCGGAAGCCCCCAUUCAUCAACCGCCCAGCCGAUCAAGAAGAGCCACCAGCUCAGCCGCUGCAGAACUUGAGGCGGCGUCAGUGCCUUUGCCGAAACCCUCCCAGCCUCAAUUGAUCACUAUAUUUGGUUCUGUGUCCACCGCAGAUAUGGCGGAAUCGAUAAAGGCAGUCCUGGCAGAAAAAUCGGGAGGAGCAAGGGUCGUAAUCGGGGCAGAAGAUAUAGCCAUUGUCCAAGAUGAGGAUGAUGAGUUGGGGCAUCAAGAUAAAGGCAUCGAAGGAGAUAGGUUGAAGGCGUUAGGCGACUUCCAAGUGGCAAUACGGGUCAAAGGCGGAGAGGCGGUAGUCAGAACCGUGAGCGUGAAAGCACAGGAGACCAGCCAGGCAUAG